GGUCCGGACGAUUUGCCUCCUUUCUUUCCUUUUCCAGACGAGUCCAGCGCUGUUUCCGUCUUGUAGGCUUGUAGAUUUCCUGUGCUAGCCGCACGGUCUUGCUUUUGCGCGUUGCUGUUCUUCUCUAUUUUAUUAUUUUUUUCUCUAGUGUGCGCCCGCCUCCUCUCUUGAGAAAAGAUGGACAUGGAUACGCAGCGCAAGGAGGAGUGGUGCAUCACCCUACAGUCCUUCCUCUCCAGCCGGCUACGCACCCCGUCGUACAGCGUUGCGUCACGCCAGCAGCCCUUCAUCAGCGUACCCCCUAUGAUUCCCCGCACGCAGUUUCUGCUUGACGGCGUUGUCUGGGCCGUGAACGACUGCCCGAACUGGGUGCUCGAUGCGUGGCUUACCGUGCAGAACUGCAUCAAGGACACGGGGAAGCGAUUGGCCGAGCUAAGUGAGGAGCUGCGGCGCACCGUCGCGUCGUCAUCGACGUCGCCCGGGGGGCCAUCUUCUUCUGCCGCUGGUACUGCUGCUGCUGGCGGUGCGGCCUCGUCGCGGACGGUUAUGGUUGCUCCUCGGGGGUCGGCGUUAGAUCGGGAGCGGACCUAUCGUGCCCACGCCGCCGUGCAGGAUGUCUACAUCGCCUUUUGCGUGCUGGACGCGUUGGUCAAGAACGUCUGUGCGGAGGCGGCGAGCAAGCUGCACGCGGCUGUCGAUGUGGAGCUGCCCCACCUCGUCGCCGACUGCGUGCCCAUCUUUCUUCCUGCCACCUCGUACUGGAUUGAAAACGCGGUGGAGGAGUACCGCCACCUCUUUCACGCGCUGCUCGACUCGUGGCUGGUGCUGAAAGCCUUCAACAGCGACGUGCACCGCCGGCUGCAGGAGUACGUGCAGGACCGCCUUCAGCGCACCCGUGAGGUGGAGGAGAAGGCGGAGCAAGAGGGCAGCGAAUUUGCCGACGGCGCAGCAGACAACGGCGGUGUGGACGGCACGAACUCCAUCACCGGCGCCGCAGCCCAGCGAAGCGGAGCGGGUAAUAACAGCAGCACCGCGAACGUGUGGCAGCAGAGCGUGCAGCACAUCAUCGAGAGCACCGCCCGCGUCAGCGCCGCCGUCGUCGCCGCCGGACCAGCGAGCACCACCACAAAGGCGGACACAGCCGGCAAAAGCGCAGCGCUGAGCAAGUUUGAACGGGGCGUGCGCACCCCCGAGACGGUCGAGCGAACGUUGAAGAGCUUCUUGAACUACGUCUUUCCGCCCCGCCGCACCCCGGCGGCGCGACACCGCUGUCCCCACUGCGGCGCGCUCUUCCGCGAUGACAAGAGCAAAAACGCGCACUACCGCUGCCACUUCUACGCCCGCAACUACCUCAAACAGGAUGAAAAGCUGGUGCGGCUCACGUACCCCUCUGCGGCGGACUUCGCUGAGCACACGGCCGACUUGAAGCGGGAGGGCUUCUUCACCCGCACCGUGGAGGUGCUCGAGGAGGCUUACAAAGGUGGCGAGCGUGGUGCGGUCAAGAUUCGCAAAUUGGAGGAGGCGCCAACGGAGCCGACGGAAGGUGCUCCGUAA